UUCACCGGACCGUAUGCGGCACACGCGCUUCCUGGUACGUGUACUGCCCUGCUCCCGGCUCGCGAAACCAUUUGACGAGCGUUCCUGUGCCAAAGUGUCGAUAUAUUCUUGGGGCACCAGUCGCGACGCCAAAAACCAAGCGCAACCAUGGGCCAGCUGAGCAAACACUUCCAGCUGGUAACGGUGGACAAAACGUGCCGCGAGAUGCUGCAUCCCGGUCAAACCUGCGCCGCCGCCUGGUGCACCUUCCUCGUCGAGGGCGUGCUGGGCGGGUUGCGCCACUACCUGCCAGCGGUUGUCACGCCGAUGCUGUUCCGCAUCCGCCAGUGGUCCGAUCCGGAGGUGUGGCGCAACUUCUUCUGGCAGUACGCGCGCUGCAUCCUGGCCGGACUGCCCAUGACGGGCGGUAGCUUCCUCGCCUUCUGUCUGUUCUACAAAUGUAUGGGUCGCUUUCCGGCGGCCUGGUUCGUGUUGGUGCCCUCGCUGGCUGGUGGGCUGACGGCGCGCUACUUGCCGCGCCACAUCGUUCGUGCCCAGGGCAUUGGACUCUUCAAUAUGUACAUCGAGUUCCUGAUCCGGCGGGCGCACAGUCCGCUCGUGGCCCAUCUGCGCACCUCCCGGCCGUACGCGACCGCCAUCUUCGCCGCGCUCAGUGCGGGCAUUAUGGCGGCCCGCCAAUGGCUGCAGCUGGACCGGUUCUGGUUUGCCACCACCUACCCAGAUGACCAUUGCGCCCGCCAGCACGUCAACCCAGCUGCCCCAGGUCGGGCGUCCUGCAGCACCGCCAGCACCUGCCGGCAGCACAUCGUAACGGCCAUGGUGCGCUCGGUCUACAUCGGUCUCGCGAUCAGCCUGGUAAAGAACUUCCUGCCCCGCAUGCCGCUGCUGCUGACCGAUCCGGUCGCGCUGGCCAAACUGCUGCUGACCCGGUUCGAUCUCGGCCUGUUCGGCUUCAUCACCUGCUACAAAACGAUCUACGAAGCGGUCAACUGCGGGCUGGCCGGCCACCGUCCCUCGCCGCUCGUCCGCAGUGCCGCCGGCGGGCUGUGCGCCGGCCUGGCCUACUACUGCUUUCCCAACUAUCUGCUGUUCACCUUCGCCCUGACCGAGCUGGCCGAGCUCGGCUGGCUGGUGUACAUGCGGUCGGAGCGGUUCCGCAAGCCGCCCGCCGUCCGCUGGCUGGACGGCAGGCUGCCCGUCUCGAUACUGCUGUACACGGCCAGCCUGGGCCUGCUGUGCCAUCUGCGGAUCGUCUACCCGUACCACAUCAACCGCUACUGGCACAAGCUGAUGGCGAACGGGACGUGGGGCCGGUCGGACGCGCUCGCCCGCAAUUACGCCAGCAUCCUGCUCGCACAGUAGUUUCAUUGGCGUUCCGUUGGCCGUGUUGCCGCGCCGGUUGUGAUGCAACUUUAUUGGAUUUUGGUGUUUAUUCUUUUACGGUGGAAAGUAUCCAAAUCCAAAUCGGUACAAUACUUGCCAUUGCAAAAAAAAACUGCAAGCAAAACCGAUACGCAAAAUAAUGGAAUAUCGCUUUCAUGUCUCUCACUCGAUGUGGUUGUUGUUUUUUAUAGCUUUUGCAAAAAAAAAAAUAAAAAAAAAAAU